GUUCAGUCAGGUCGAGCCCUCUUAAACAACUUUUUUUCCACAUGUGAUCAGGAGUAUGAUGGUGAACGCAAUGCGGAAGGUGAGCGACACGGGCGUGGAAAAGCACAGCUACCCAAUGGUGACAGGUACGAUGGAGAGUAUGAACGUGGGCUCCGGAGUGGACAGGGGACCUACAGAUUUAAAAAUGGUGCUUACUACACUGGAGAAUAUCUUCAAAACAAAAAGCAUGGCAAGGGUGUUUUUUUUUAUCCAGAUGGAUCAAAAUAUGAAGGAGACUGGGUGGAUGACCAGAGACAUGGCUAUGGAGAGUAUACAUAUGCAAAUGGAGACACCUAUACUGGACAAUGGUUUAACCACAAUAGGCACGGGCGAGGUACAUAUGUCUAUAAAGACACAGGAUCUAAGUAUGUUGGUCGUUGGGUAAAUGGAAACCAGGAAGGAGAAGCUGAACUUAUCCACCUAAACCAUAGAUUUAAGGGCAAGUUUCUGAAUGGAAAUCCUGUAGGUUAUGGCAAAUAUGUAUUUGAUAUUGGAUGUGAACAGCAUGGAGAAUACAUACAUUCGGAGCAGGAGGAAGAAGAAGAAGAAGAAGAGGAGGAACCCUCAUUGCUUGUUGCACCAAAAUGGAAAGCAUCACAAAUUACCAAAUUAACACUCUGGACUCCCCGUGGAGAAAAACCACCUUCUCCAGAGGAAGCCUCCCUAGUGGCGGCAGCAGAAGCAGUGGAAGAAAGAGCAGCAGCAGCAGUAACUGAAGAGGAGAAAAUGCCAUCAGUGGCAGUCACUGAUGAGUCUGCUAAGGAUAGGGAUGAUGAGCCUUCUCUUCAAGAACUAUCCAGUGAAGUUUCUACACCAGUGAGGGAUGCAGGAGAGGAAGAUGAGGGAAGAAGAGAGGGAGAAGAAAACAAAGAUCAGGAGGAUCUAGGGACUACUAGUUUAGAGGAUAAGGAGGAUGAAUUAGAGGAAGCAGAGUAA